AUGGGCCAAGAAACAGAGAAUUCUAUGUCCCCGAAUGUCACACAUGAGUCAGAAUACCAAAAAGGAGAAACUUCCCACAAUAUACUUAAAACAAUUGCAACAUUUUUUAGCUGUGUUAUGUCUGCUAUUGGAGGAAACAGUGCUAGUCCUACACUUCAUCACCAAUUAGGAGAUACUGACGAGCCAAACGAUAGCAAUGCCUCAGUGAAGAAGAGAACUAAUGUGUUACUUCUUGGUGAUCACCUUAGAGAUCUAGGAAUGUCUGAUGGUUUGAACUAUGAGAACCAAAUUGUUGUUGGAUUCUUGCGAUGCCAAGGACAACCACCUAGUGACUUUUCUAUUGCUCAGUUCUGGUUUCUGGAGCGACUACUUGUCAUCCAUGGGCACUAGUGCUAUAAGAGGAUUACCCAAAUGGUAAGAACUACAAAACUCCUUCUUUCUCUACUUUCACUCAACACAAAAUUGUAUAUUUAUAUGGGUUGCAUGGCUAAUUUGUACUCGUGGAAACUACAUUGCAUUCAGAUCUGUUAUUUCUUUUAUAAGAAUAUUUUAUUUUGCAGCGAUUUUAUUUUGCA